CUGCCGCUAGAUAUAAAGUAGGUAGAGCCCUAGAAUUUUCAGCGCUUGGAAACGUCUCUCCUCUGAAUUACGCAGACCAAAUUUCUCGGUAAACAAAAGUGAAGCAAGACAGCGAGAACACGCUGAUAGAUCGAGUGAGAGUAAUUAGUAGAAGAUGUCUGAUUACGAAGUAAGAUACAACGGGGAGGACGCUGAUAAUUAUGGCGGUGGCUCCUCACCUCCUCAACCUCGCGGUGGUAGCAAUGGCGGUCCUGACGAUAACAGCGACUCCAAGUCUCAGCAUGGUUCUCGUGAUUAUGAAAGAGAACCUUCAAAAAGUAGGGAGAGGGACAGAGAAAAGGGGCGCGAUAAGGAGAGAGAUAGGGAUAGAGAUCGGGAGAGAGACAGAGGCAGUGAGAAGGAGAGAAGCAAGGAAAGAGACAGGAAUAGGGAAAGGGACAGAGACAGGGACCGGGACCGUCAUCAUAGAGAUCGCCACGGGGAUCGAGAUCGCAGUGAGAGAAGGGAACGGGGCAGGGAUAGAGAUGAUGAUGAUUAUCAUCGAAGUCGGGAUCAUGACAGACGAAGGGAUCAGGACAGAGAUAUAGAGGAUAGGCGCAGGCGCAGGUCUCGAUCUCGUUCAGGGGUUAGAUCUGAGCACAAAUCAAGGUCACGUUCUCGCUCUCGCUCAAAGAGCAAAAGGAUUAGUGGUUUUGAUAUGGCUCCUCCUGCUUCUGCAUUGUUGCCUGGUGCCACUGCCGCCGUCGCUGCAGCAGGUCAGCUUCCUGGGACUAAUCCAGCCAUUCCUGGGUUGUUUCCAAACAUGUUUCCUUUAGCAACUGGUCAGCAGUUUGGAGCUCUUCCAGUUAUGCCGGUUCAGGCAAUGACCCAACAGGCAACAAGGCAUGCUCGACGGGUGUAUGUGGGUGGCCUUCCUCCUACAGCAAAUGAACAGUCUGUUGCAACAUAUUUCAGUCAUGUUAUGGCUGCUAUUGGAGGAAACACUGCUGGUCCAGGAGAUGCUGUUGUCAAUGUUUACAUAAACCAUGAAAAGAAGUUUGCUUUCGUGGAGAUGAGAUCUGUCGAGGAGGCUAGCAAUGCAAUGGCUUUAGAUGGGAUUAUUUUUGAGGGUGCCCCUGUUAAGGUGAGGAGACCUAGUGAUUACAACCCAUCCCUUGCUGCAACACUUGGUCCAAGCCAGCCCAAUCCUAAUCUGAACCUGGCUGCUGUUGGGUUAACAGCUGGAUCUGCAGGUGGGCUUGAGGGGCCUGAUCGCAUUUUUGUGGGGGGGCUUCCCUAUUACUUUACAGAGACCCAGAUCAGGGAGUUGUUAGAGACUUUUGGGCCACUUCGGGGUUUUGAUCUUGUGAAAGAUAGAGAGACUGGAAAUUCAAAAGGCUAUGCCUUUUGUGUUUACCAAGAUCUUUCAGUUACAGACAUAGCUUGUGCAGCUCUGAAUGGAAUUAAAAUGGGUGAUAAAACUCUUACAGUUAGACGUGCUAACCAGGGUGCUAGCCAACCUAAACCCGAGCAAGAGAAUGUAUUAUUGCAUGCACAGCAGCAGAUUGCAUUGCAGAAGCUCAUCUUACAACCUGGCUCAGUGGCCACAAAAGUUGUUUGUCUAACUCAAGUGGUUUCUCCUGAUGAACUUAAAGAUGAUGAUGAUUAUCAAGACAUUUUGGAAGACAUGAGAGAAGAGUGCGGAAAAUUUGGUGCACUGGUAAAUCUUGUCAUUCCCCGCCCAAAUCCAAAUGGCGAACCAUCACCUGGAGUUGGAAAGGUCUUUCUAGAGUAUGCAGACACUGAUGGUGCGUCAAAAGCACGUUCUGGGUUGAAUGGAAGAAAAUUUGGUGGGAAUCAAGUCAUGGCAGUCUUUUAUCCGGAGAACAAGUUCGCCCAGGGGGAUUACGAAGGAUAGUUAUUCUCCAGUCUUAUAUUACAGCCUCCAUGUUGAUGGAUGGACAUAUUACAGCCUUGGGAUAGGUAUAUUCCCCCUUGUUGCGUUGGAGUUGUAACAAAUGUGAGAUGCUAUUGAAUCAAUUUAAAUUGCCUUGUUCUUGCUGAUUGGUACAAAUAGCAAAAUACAAUUUGGGGUGCGACUACUUGUAGUUGUUGGUGCUGUUUGUCUUCAUUGCUGAGCUUGGCCGUUUAAUUUUAGGGUAGAACAUAUUUACACUUCAUAUGAUAUGGUAUUAUUAGCUUUAUUUGCA